GUUUCCAAAGGGGAAGCAGGAAGUUCCCAAAAGGAAGCAGGAAGUUCCCAACAGGAAGCAGGAAGUUCCCAACAGGAAGCAGAUGAUGUGAUCCUCUAGCAGCAAACAUGUUGCCAUUUUUCACUAAUCCUGCUUGACAUUAGUCUCGAAUUUAGGCUCAACUUCCUGGAUUAGAGGCAAAGGGCUGCAGAGAAGAACUGGACCGGAUCACAGGAGGUUCUGGAGAGUUUUGAUGGACCUGAAUAGCCCAGACUGACUGACUGACUGGCUGAUUCGUUCUGUUUCUCAGCCUGGAAGUCUCUGUUGCCUAGCAACUGUUCCAGACGGAUGGAGGCGACUGCGGUUUCCAGCAGACAUGGACACCGAGCAGCUCUGAACCGGGUCUCACUCUCUCGACUGCUGCGAUUCAUCAGACCUCAGCUGAUCGGGAAGCUUGGAGGAAGAGGAGGGAGAAAAGGAAGAGGAGUCUGUGAGGACUAAGAAGAGUUCCUGGCAGGAAACGGUUAAAUGUUGCGUCUUGCGGCUCCGCUCUGUAUUCCCAUCAUGAGCGGCGAGCGUCAGAAGCAUCGAGUGACGUCAGUCGGCAUCGCAGGCAGAGCGGACACUGAGGGGGAAAUAUAGGACAUCGAGGAAGAGGAGGAGGAAGAGGACUGCAGUAAUCCAGAGAGAAGCAGAAAGAAGCAGCUCUUCAUCAGUUUUCUCGAGGCCCCUGCAGGAUGAAGGAGGUACUGCGUCUGUCUCUGUGUAGAGCCUGACCUGACCCCUGACCUCCUCUGCAACACUCUGCACCGUCAGAAGCGGCUCCUCCUGCAUCGGUCGCAUCAUGGACGGCUUCCGGCUGCCGCCCGUCAUCGAGGAGGUGCUGGACCCCUCUGAUGAGCUGUGUGAGCUGAAGGAGGACAAACCCAGCAGGCUGGCCGAUACCCUGACGGCCAAGGAGAGGGAGUCCAUGGAGGAGAAGGAGGAGCCUGAGGGAGACGGAGAGAAGGGCCAGCAGGAGGACGAGAUGGAAGUGAAGGAAAGGGAGUCUGAAGAUGACGAUCAGGGAGAGGAGGAGGAGCUGGAGGAGCUUAGAGCUCAGGUGCUGCAACUUCUCCUGGAGCUGGAUGAGACUCGAGAGGUUUCUCAGCGACAUGAGGAGAGCUUCAUGGAGAUGCAAGGUCUGCUAGAUGAGGAGCGGCUGGCGAGCGCCCAUCAGGCGGAGAGCUUCACCCGGCAGAUCCAGAGGCUGCAAGCUCAGCUUCGGUCGGCGGAGGAGGACAUGAGCAGCCUGGAGGAGGAGAAGGAGAGCGAGCUGGUGGAGGUCCAGCAGGAGCUGCACUCGGCUCAAGAGGAGGUGCUGGUGCUGCAGCAGGCGGCCGAGGAGGCGGCGGCAGAGAGGGAGAACGACAUCGCCUCCCUGCAGGAGGAGCUCUGCCGCCUGCGGGUGGAGCUGCAGCGCCUGCACGCCACGGUGGACGAGUACGAGCUGGAGGUCACCUCGCUGAGAGCCGAGCUGAGCAUGAAGAGCCGCCGCACAGCCCGGUCAGGUGAUGUGACUCAGCUGCAGGAAGAGUUCAUUUCUCUGACCAGUGAGCGUCAGACUCUGAGCAGCAACAACACGGAGUUGAUCAACAAGUUGCAGCAACAGCAGCAGCAGCAGCAACGAGACAUGUGCGGCGACUCGUACCUGGAAGUCAGAGCUGAGGGCCAAACUGAGGACGACGAUCAGCUAAAGGCGGAUUCCUACAUCACUCUGUCCCAGUCCAGACCCGAACUGCAGAGUCUGGACUCGUCAGCAGUCCAGGAUGAAAUCAGGACCUUGAAGGUCCAGCUGAGAAUGGCAGAGGAGUUGGCUCUCAAGGUCCAGCUGGAGUGUGAAGGUCUGAAGAAGGAGCUGGAGGAGCUGCAGCAGCUGCAUGAAGGCAGCCAGCGGGAGCGAGCAGCUCUGCAGCUGCAGCUGCAGAGCUGCAAGGCGGAGCUGCAGGAGCUGCUGGGACAAAAGUUGCAGAAAAGCGACUCUGAAGGCUGGAACAUGGCGGUGGCGGCGGUCGCUGUGGCGGCCAUUUUGGUUCUGGUUGUCCCCAGUUUUACCAGGGCCUGAGGUCUAACAGGAAGUGACCUCAUGGCAUGCUGUAGGAACCCGAUGGCUUGCUCUCAUCCAUCCUUGAUGUCUCCAUGAUGCAACACUGCACAGACGUCAACCAGUCGGUUGUUCCUGCAGGUCAGCAGGUCACUCAGCUCUGGGCUUUGCAGAUCCACCACCAUGAUCCACUUUUAUUCCACAGCUGGCGUUAGAGCAGCGUGUUAGAUGUGUGAACUGACUGAGAACUCCUGCAGAAAAAUAUCAUGAUGUUAGAACGGUGGGACGCCUUUGAAAAUGUAAUUAAUUAGAGGCUUUUUAAAAUAGUCAUGAUUUUAUCAAAAACUAAAUCUGACACAAGAAGCAAAGUUUCAAAGUUUAUCGGUUAACGUGAAGCUUGUCUGAUGACCGACUGAGUGCAAACUGGAAGGUUGAGGUAAAUGUCAGCUGAGCGGAAAACGUUCCCGUCCUCAAACACGCAUCAGAACUUCAACCAAACUCUUCCUAUAAUUUUAAACAAUCAUUUAAUAAUAAUAACUUGAACUAUAAUGACAUGCAGAUUUUUCACAGAAAACUUGCUAAGGUUGGUUGUUUAAAUGUCAAGUUUCAGGUCAAACUUUUCCUCUUUCUGCAGAUUGAAUUCCUCCAGAAAGCAUCAAACCCAGAUGUUGUCAAAUGUUCUCCUCUCCCUCCAGUUAGUUCAUCCCAAAGAAGAGCAACCUGUCCACACGUUGGCAACUUUCUGGAAACUCUCAUGUUUCAAUCUUCUGCAAAUUGCAAAUCAAGCCAACAGUUCUCUCCAGCAUCCACCAGGGGGCGGUGCAACUUCCUCUGCUGCCGUGUUUGCUGGAGAAGAAUCUUCUGUUUGGUUCUGAUUGGUUCUGAUGGGAAGUGUUUAGGCGCUGAAUCCAUCGGUGAUGUGAGGGAAAGUCUUUCCGCUGAGCAUCAGAGCCGAUAAAUGAAUGAUUUCUUACUGACAUUCCAGACACAUCACUUGUAUUUAGCUCUUUAUUAUCUCUUCCUGAACUAAAGUAACACUUUGCACAUACUGAGAAGAGACAACUAGAAACUGUAGCGAGGAGAACUUUAACGUUUCCUUCAUCCUUUGACUCUGCUGCAGUUUGCUUGAUACUUCUUGUGUUUUUAUCUAAUGACUGAUGUUAUUGACCAGCAAGAAAAGAUCUGAUGCAGUCAGCUUUAUUUUCUCAAAGUGACAAAACUUACAUUUCUGUUUGUAGUCGUGCAGCAGCCAAUGUAGCAGUGAACCGUGGAGCUUAUUUAACUGAUUACACUGUGGUAAUACCAAAGUUGCUUUAAAAGUUCUGAUAUUUUAGCACAGAUUUGUGUAAGAGACUGUUCACAGGAUUCAGUUCAAUAAAGCUUUGUUUAUUUUGAUGAUGGAGGAAAACUGGCUGGAAAAGUAGCUCUGAUUUAAUUCAGCUCCAAAAUAAUCAUUUAAAUGAAAUGAAAUGCACACUACAGAAGUCCAACAGAACCAGAGCAGAACCCGGUUCUUAAUCGACUUGUUGAACCUCUGCUGGUCCCGGUCCUGGUUCUGCUCCUGGUCCUAGUCCAGAUGAACACUGGGGGUUCUAUAAUCCUCUGCUGUGAUGGAAGCUGUGAUGGAAGCAGGGUUUGACCUUUGACCUUUCUCCUGAACUCUUGUUGGCAGUCAGGAUGAUUGUCCACCAGCUUUGAUCCUCCUGACAGCUGCAGAGUAAUCUGAGUAUUUCUGGAGAUGACAGGAGUCGGACUGCUGGACCUUCAUGAUGUAGGUCGUCAUGGCAACAGGCCUACAGUCGUUGAGCGCAGAAUAAGGCGGGAUGUCUUCCACAACACUGGAACAAUCCAUCCAUCUGAUGUUCCUUCCUGAUUGUCUCAUUUGGUUCCUCUGCAGCUGUUCUGUGUCGUCCGUCUCGUCCCUAAAGGCUCUUUGGUUCCUUCUGGCCCCUGCUGACCCAGGGUUUGUUAUUCUCCCUGCUCUGGUGGCGAUGCUGCCGUCCACACAGAGGUUCAUAUCAGUCAUGUCGUCUCCAUGAGGCUGGCAGAGAGCGAUCCGAUCAGUAGCCUCAAAACAAGCCAGCAGGGUUUCUUCAGCUUCCUGUGAUUGUCUUCUUUAGAGGUAGCCCCUGAACAACGGCUUUAUACUCCCAGCAGAGAAAAAUAACAUUGUGAUCUUCUGAUUUUUAAAGGGGAGGUUUUCCAGUGUGGAUGUUUGCAAACCUGACAUUCACAACAAAUCCAGAAUUUGUUGCUGAGGAAACAUUUUGUUUUAUAUAAGAGCUGAUUGAGCAUUAAAAUGUUGGAAUGUAGCGAAGAGUGAGACCAAAUUUAGAUCAACAGAUAUUGUCACAAACACGUUGGUGUUGUGUCUGUAGCUAAGCAACAACUGAACUGACGACUUCAUUUGCAGCUGAUGGUGGAACAGAAACAGCUGCAAAGUAACACUGAUGAAAACUGUCCUGGUUCAUAAUAUGGAUAAAAACUCUGCUAGCAGUUCAGAAUAUGAUGAGAGAAUAGUUUCCAUGUCCUGCACCGUAUGUGAAACUAACAUCCCAGUUCAGACGGGAUGAAUGAGGAAAACUUUCCCUGUUGUAAAAUGUUGAUUCUCUUUCAGCAGCAGCUGCACAAUGAUGUCAGUAGAAAUCCUGGAUUUAAUGAAGAAAACCAGCUCAGAAUGACAGAAGAUGUUUAUUUGUUCAGUUAUUUGUUUUUUAAAACAUGAGGCGACAUCUCAAUGUUCCCCACAUUCAGAAAUCAUUUCAAAUAAAUUCUAAUAUGAUUUAAUGUAGUGCAUAAAAAUGUUGCAGGGUUCUUUAGCUAUUAGAAUAAUCCACACUUACUGGAUGGAAAACCCAAAAUGAAGCUUGGCUGCUUUUCCAGACACAAACAUCCAGAUUAGAUUUUCUCUGUAGGUUUUAACAUUUUGUCAGGUUCUCGUCUGUUUUUCCGUAUUUCUGUAAGUUUAUGAUUGUAUUUGACUGGAGACCAAAAUAUAUAGAGAGUAAAAUGAAACGGGUCCUGAUCGGUGGAGACGUAGUGCCUUGGAUCAAGAAGGUUCUGGGUUCAUCUGAACUGGAUGUGUCUGGUUAUCGGACCCGCCAGGAUGAGCGAGAGAACCGAACCUUUCAUGAACCAGCUGUAAAGAUAUCUAGAAAACUGAACGUCUGAAAAGCUGCAGGAAAAGUGAAGAUCUGCUGAAUGGGAGCAGCUGGAGGUGAACCGGGUCACAGAACCGGGUCACUGCAGCUUUUCUAGACUUUCUGUAAAAUUCCUGGCAUGUCGGCCAGCAGAGACCAACAUGAACAUUUGACAAACGGUGUAAUUUCUUCAGUUUUUGACAGAAGAGUCUGACGGUGAAAUAAACUCAGACCUGCACACCAACGUUGCCGUAACUUUCAAGUUUUAGUUUUUUGAGGUUUCCAAUUUGUUGGGAUUAUUUUGAGUUGUGUCUCUGGAGGUCAAAGGUCAACAGUCUAGAAGGAAUGAGCUGUAGUUGUUUGUCAUUCUGCAUGCGACGCUACGAACAUUAAUAACCUGCAUGGUUCUGAUCCGGAAGUUCAGCUCAGAUGUUUGUUCUGUAAUUUUCUGCACAAAUAAAAAUGUUUUAUGUCUCAAAGCAGAA